AUGGCCUUGUCAUUCCUCGUCGCUGGCACGGCUGUGCUUCUGCUGGUGGGUAUUCUCAUCCAACAAUACUCCAAUCGACAGAGAAUCCCGCCGAACGCGAAACUACCCCCCGGUCCAAAGGGCAAGCCAUUUGUGGGAAAUCUCCUCGACAUCCCGCCGCAGCACUCGUGGUUGAAGUUCAAGGCCUGGGCCGAUCAAUAUGGGCCGCUCUACCGCAUCUCCAUCUUCGGCCGGAACCUGGUCAUGGUGUCGACCGAGAAGAUCGCCAAUGACCUCCUACGAGAACGCGGGAACCUGUACUCGUCGCGAGAACAGCUGCCUAUGGCGGCGAGGCUGAUGUCACGGAACCUGAGACCGCUCUUCUUACCCUAUGGAGAGUUGUGGCGGCGAGGACGCAAAGUGAUGCACAACAUGACGAUGCACGCCUCGGCCACGUCGUACCAACCCGUGCAGAUCUACGAGUCGGAGAGGCUGCUGUGCGACCUGCUGCGGACGCCAGAGAAGUACGAGCAGCUGUUUGAGAGGUACGCGGCGGCAGUGGUAAUGCGGCUGUGUUACGGCAAGACGGUCGACACAGGCGACGAGGUGUACGUGCGCGACAUCCUGAAGAUCGUGCACACGGUCGAGCGGGUCGCCUCGCCCGGGGCGUACCUGGUCGACACGUUCCCGGUCUUGAUGAACCUGCCGACGUGGCUGGCGCCGUUCAAGCGCGAAGCCGCACGACUGCACGAGUUCGAAAUCAACGUGUUCCGCGGCCUGCUCCUGGAGGUGCGGGAGCAGAUGCGAGCCGACAAGGGCCCGCGGUGCUUCUCCAAGACGUUCCUCGAGCGGCAGGCCGAAUUUGGCCUCUCGGACGACGAAGGCGCCUAUGUCAUCGGCACGCUGUUCGAGGCCGGCGCCGGCACCACCGCCGCGGCCAUGAUGUCGUUUGUGCUCUGCAUGUGCCACUCCCCCGAGUGGCAGACCCGCAUCCAGCAAGAGGUCGACGCCGUGGUUGGCGACCACCGAAUCCCAGACUACAGCGACAUCCCGUCGCUGCCGACCUGUCGGGCCGUCAUCAAGGAGGUGCUGCGCUGGCGGCCCGUGACGGCGGGAGGCGUGCCGCACGAGCUGAUCAAGGACGAUGUGUAUAAUGGGUAUUUCCUGCCGGCGGGGACCAACGUCCAUGCGAACCAGUGGGCCAUCCACCGCGACCCAGAGCUAUACCCCGACCCGGAGACCUUCAACCCCUCGCGCUGGCUGGACCCGAGCUUCCCGACGUUCCGCGAGCCGCUGACAAAGUUCCCCAACCUGCAGAACUACUCGUGCUUCGGGUUCGGGCGCCGCAUCUGCCCCGGGAUGAACAUCGCCGAGAACUCGCUGCACCUGCUGGUGGCGCGGAUCGCGUGGGCGGCGCACAUUUCGCCGCGGCCGGGCGUCGGCCUCCCCCCGCUGUACGACUACACGGCCGGGUUCAACGUGCAGCCGCGGCCGUUUGUGUUUGAUCUCAAGCCGCGCAGCGAGGCGAGGCGGGCGCUCGCUGACAAGGUCUGGGAGGCUGGGAGGGCGAGGGAUCCGUUGGACGAGGUGCAUACCUUGUGA